UGCAGUCUUUUAAAGGAGUAGUAGAGAGAGAGAGAGGGAGAGAGAAAAGGAAACUGACAGGAAGGGGUAAGGAGCUACACAUGUCACAUGUGCUUUCUAAGACGGCCAGGAGCAUCUGCAGGCUGGAUCUGGUGGAGGAUGCUGCGGCAGGUGAUACACAGAGGGCUCCAGUCGUUUUUCUACAAGCUGGGCUUAUUCGUGAGCAGGCAUCCGGUGUUUUUCCUCACUGUGCCCGCAGUCCUGACCAUCAUCUUCGGCUUCAGCCUGCUCAACCGCUUCCAGCCUGACACUGACCUGGAGAGCCUGGUAGCCCCCAGCCACAGCCUGGCCAAGAUCGAGAGGAGCUUAGCCAGCAGCCUGUUCUCCCUCGAUCAAUCCAAAAGCCAGCUGUAUUCGGACUUGCACACCCCGGGGAGGUAUGGCAGGGUGAUUCUCCUCUCCAAACCCGGAGGCAAUAUUUUGCAUCAGGCUGAUGUGAUCCUGCAGAUCCACCGAGCCGUGCUGGAAAUGAAGGUGAACUACAAAGGCUAUAAUUAUACUUUUUCCCAUCUGUGUGUGUUGAGAAAUCAGGAUAAGAAAUGCGUGCUGGAUGAUAUUAUUUCAGUACUAGAGGAUCUGAGGCAGGCUGCCCUCUCCAAUAAGACAACAGCCAGGGUGCAAGUGAGCUAUCCCAACACUAAAUUAAAGGAUGGAAGGAGCAGUUUUAUUGGCCACCAGCUUGGAGGGGUCAUGGAAGUGCCCAACAGCAAGGACCAGAGAGUCAAAUCAGCCAGAGCCAUCCAAAUCACUUACUACCUCCAAACGUAUGGCUCUGUCACCCAGGACCUCAUUGGGGAGAAGUGGGAGAGUGAAUUCUGUAAACUGAUGCACAAGAUGCAGCUGGAUCACCAAGAUCUGCAGCUCUACUCGCUGGCGUCCUUCAGCCUCUGGAAGGACUUCCACCAGACCAGUCUCUUGGCCAGGGGCAAGAUUUUGGUGAGCCUGAUGCUGAUCCUCCUGACUGCUACCCUCUCGAGCUCCAUGAAGGACUGCCUGCGUAGCAAACCUUUCCUGGGACUCUUGGGAGUACUCACUAUCUGUAUUUCCAGUGUCACUGCGGCAGGGAUAUUUUUCAUUACUGAUGGAAAAUAUAAUUCUACUCUGUUGGGAAUCCCUUUCUUCGCUAUGGGUCAUGGAACCAAAGGAGUAUUUGAACUUCUUUCAGGAUGGCGUCGAACAAGAGAGAAUCUUCCAUUCAAGGACAGAGUAGCAGAUGCCUACUCCGAUGUCAUGGUGUCCUAUACAAUGACAAGCUCCUUGUAUUUCAUAGCCUUUGGCAUGGGCGCAAGCCCUUUCACUAACAUUGAAGCUGUAAAAGUCUUUUGCCAGAACAUGUGUGUCUCCAUCCUGUUGAACUACUUCUAUAUCUUCUCAUUCUUUGGCUCCUGCCUAGUCUUUGCUGGCCAGUUGGAGCAGAACCGUUAUCACAGUAUCUUCUGCUGUAAAAUCCCUUCAGCAGAAUACCUGGACCGAAAGCCUGUGUGGUUCCAGACCAUGAUGAAUGAUGGUCAUCAACAUUCUUCUCAUCAUGAGACCAACCCAUACCAGCAUCACUUUAUCCAGCAUUUCCUCCGAGAGCAUUACAACGAGUGGAUUACCAACAUCUAUGUCAAGCCUUUUGUGGUGAUACUGUAUCUCAUCUAUGCCUCUUUCUCCUUUAUGGGGUGCUUACAGAUUAACGAUGGAGCCAACAUUAUUAACCUUCUUGCCAGUGAGUCUCCAAGUGUCUCCUAUGCCCUCAUUCAGCAAAAGUACUUCAGCAACUACAGCCCGGUGAUAGGAUUCUAUAUUUAUGAACCUCUGGAGUACUGGAAUGGCACUGUGCAAGAAGACCUAAAAACACUGAGCCAAGGGUUCAACACAGUGUCCUGGAUUGAACAGUAUUACCAGUUCCUUCGAGUGGGUAACAUCAGUGCGACUAACAAAAGUGACUUCAUCAGUAUCCUCCAGAGCUCCUUUUUAAAAAAGCCAGAGUUCCAGCACUUCAAAAAUGACAUCAUAUUCUCUAAAGCUGGAGAUGAGAAUAACAUAAUAGCUUCUCGUUUGUACCUGGUGGCCAGGACUAGUGAAAACACACAGAGGGAGGCAGUGGAAUUACUGGAGAAACUGAGACCACUCUCUCUUAUACAGAGCAUCAAGUUCAUAGUGUUCAAUCCGACCUUUGUUUUCAUGGACCACUAUGGUUUAUCAGUAACUAUGCCUGUCCUGAUUUCUGGUUUUGGCAUCCUGCUGGUGUUAAUACUGACCUUUUUCCUGGUUAUCCAUCCUCUGGGAAAUUUCUGGUUAAUUCUCAGCGUCACCUCAAUAGAGCUGGGCGUCCUUGGCUUGAUGACAUUAUGGAAUGUAGACAUGGAUUGCAUUUCUAUACUGUGCCUUAUCUACACCUUGAAUUUUGCCAUAGAUCACUGUGCACCCCUGCUUUAUACAUUUGUACUAGCUACUGAGCACACCCGAACUCAAUGUAUAAAGAACUCCCUCCAAGAGCAUGGGACAGCCAUUUUGCAGAACGUUUCUUCUUUUCUUAUUGGGUUGGUCCCCCUUCUCUUUGUGCCUUCAAACUUGACCUUCACACUGUUCAAAUGCUUGCUGCUUGCCGGCAGUUGCACACUUCUGCACUGUUUUGUUAUUUUGCCCGUCUUUCUAACCUUUUUCCCACCUUCCAAAAAGCACCACAAAAAAAAGAAACGAGCCAAAAGGAAGGAACGAGAAGAGAUCGAAUGCAUAGAGAUUCAGGAGAAUCCUGAUCACGUGACAGCAGUCUGA